UGAUGGGAAAUAAGGAAACUCUCAAGGAGGAAGCAUUCUUGGGGAGCAUUGAAGAAGGUGAAAACUUCCAUCAACCCAUGUUCCCUGCUAUGGAGAUCUUCGAAUUCAAUGAUCCAAAGCCCAAGAAGAGAAACGGGAUGACCUUUUGUCUGGCUGUCCUGUCCACUUACCUGAUCCUGCUCACGGUGGGCACUGCGCUGUUGACAGUUCAAGUUCUGAAUCUACAGGAGCGGCUCUGGACCCUGGAGAUGUACUUCCCCAAUGAGACGCUGACCUCUGAGCACAAACCAUCCUUCUCCUUUCUGAUACACCCCAAAACACACCUGGUACCAGGAGCAUUGGGGGUUCAAGCUCUUCAGGCCCAGCUCAACCAGGUUCACUUCAGCCAUGAGCAACUACUUCAGCGUGUGGACAACUUCACUCGGAAUCCAGAACUACUGCGCAUGAAAGGUGAACAAGGCGCCCCAGGUGUCCCUGGCAUUCGUGGUCUACCUGGGGAGAAGGGAGCCAAGGGGGCCAUGGGUCGUGAUGGAACCCCAGGUACCCCAGGACCCCAGGGCCCGCCAGGCACCAAGGGAGAAGCAGGCCUCCAAGGACCCAAGGGUGCAACCGGGAAUCAAGGAGCAAAUGGUGCUCCAGGACCCCAAGGGGAGAAGGGCACCAAAGGUGACAAUGGUCACAUUGGUCCCAAAGGGGAAAAUGGUGUCAAGGGAGACAAAGGAGACCUGGGCCUCACAGGAAGCAAAGGAGACAUGGGUAUGAAGGGAGACAGGGGGUUCAUGGGACCUCCUGGAAUCCAGGGGAUUAAAGGUGACCCCGGAAAGCCCGGCCUACCAGGUGCAACUGGAUAUACUGGAGCCAAAGGCAACCAAGGAGAACCUGGAGCACGAGGUCUUCCAGGCAUUCCUGGUACUCGAGGACCCUCAGGUGCCAAGGGUGAGCCCGGCCAUGCUGGCCCUGCCGGCCCAACAGGACCCCCAGGAAGUCCUGGGAGCCCAGGAGCCACGGGUAUAAAAGGAAGCAAGGGAGACACAGGAAUUCAAGGGCAGAAAGGAACAAAAGGAGAAUCUGGAGUCACAGGCCCUGCAGGCAGAAAAGGAGAAGCAGGAAGCCCUGGGCUGACAGGACCCAAAGGACAGCAAGGACCAGCAGGAUUGAAAGGGGACCCCGGGAUGAAAGGGUCUUCUGGACCACAAGGACAAAAGGGAGAAAAGGGAGAAAAAGGUUCAUCAUUUACCUCCGUCCGGAUUAUUGGCAGCAGCACCCGAGGCCGGGCUGAAGUUUACUACAACGAUGUCUGGGGAACAAUUUGCGAUGAUUCCUGGGGUAACGCUGAUGCCACUGUCUUCUGCCGCAUGCUGGGCUACUCCAGCGGCAGGGCCCUUGGCAACUAUGGUGGGGGCACGGGGAAAAUCUGGCUGGAUGACGUUGAAUGCGUGGGGACAGAACGUGACCUGUGGAGCUGCAACAAGAGUUCCUGGGGCUCCCACAAUUGCAACCACAGUGAGGAUGCAGGCGUGGAGUGCAGCUGACCUUAGGGCCCUUGGAUCCUUGAUCUGUCCUGAGGUGUUUUUGAGCUCAACCCAAGGAAUCAGGCUUCCUGAGGGAUCCUUCACCCUGCCGAAGGGCCAUUAAUAGAGCUCAAGGGCUACAUGGCAAUGUCAUUAACUGCAGCUGAGAAUCACUGAGCUAGUUCCCCUGUCCUUUAUCAAUGUACCCUCUCAAUAUACCUUGUUACUGAAAUCUCACAGGGAGGGCCUUACCUCAUCAGCAAUGGAAAGAUGAGGAUGCAGAGCAAGAGGGUCAGUGUGGUCAGAAUUAGUCUUGAUCUCUCCCUUAGCCAUUCAUCAUCUCUUGGAGCUCCCUAUCUCCAGCACUGACGUGUUACCUCAUCUUUGGCUGAGUAGCAGAUGAAGAGGCUGGCUUGCAGGUAGAGCCAGGUGUCAAAAUAAAUGUGACUGAUACCUUCCAGCCUGAAGACCAAUUCCCAUUAAGACUCCAUAAACACAAGGGCUUCUGUCAGCUCUGUCCAUUCCAAUAGGGAUUUUGGGAAAUACUGAUGGAAUACAUGGCUCAAUUGAAGCAAGUAGAGGCUGGGGCCUCCAUAACACAUACCAUCAUUCUUUCUUGCUUAGCUAUAUGGCUUUAGAAUCCCCCCAGGUCAAUUACAAAUGGUAGAAUCAAAAUGAGAACCCAGGAAAGAGAAGCAGAAGACCCAAAGUAGAUCGCUACUGGUCUGCAGUCCCUUUUGGAAAGCUGACAGUGGACUCCAGUGUCAGUGAAGGAGGGAAGCAACAGGGUGGUUGGACUCACCAGCAAGGAGCAAAGGUGGGCAGACAAAAGUGGCUGGUGGAUGGGCCAGAAAGAACACAAGAGAACCCUGGCCUCUUUGGCUGGAAAGCUGAGCACCUUCAUUUGGCAGAAGCUUCUCCAGUAUUUCCCCCUCCCUUCUUUUUUCUGGCCUAGAGUGGUAAGGCACAAGAAAACAGUUUCACUUCCCAGGACACUACUUGGGUGGGCCAGUAGACAUGCCACUUUCUUCAUGAUGCAUUUGAGUAACCUGCUGGGAACCUGGGACCCCCCCGACCAGAACCAAGCUACACAUGCAUGCCAGUCAUAACCAUGAACUAGGUUGCUCCUCUGGUUAAUGACAAUUUGUCACCCAGCCAUAUUCAUCUAUGCUUUUAGAUCCACAGGUCUGGGAUCAGGACAGCAGGGUGCCAUCCAGCUAGAGCUGUUUGGGGGUGAAUAUGCAGUAAGGCAAACCAUGCCCUCGAAGUGAACUUUUAAAGAGAAUUCCCUAUUUACCAUCUUAUACCUACACAUUAUUAGGUGUGAAUAUGUCUAAGUUCAGACACAUCACAGGAAGGGACAUGUGUAAUAGAAAAAUGCUUAUAUCACCCAGGCUGCCAAUCAAACCAGAGGACCACCCAAAGGACGCUACUAGGAACUGAUCCCUCCUUCUUGUAGAUGCCUUAUAAAGAAGUCCCAGCAACCACCAAGGCCCUUGAGUACUUCCCACAAAAAUGGCCCACUGCCCCUCUUGGUAGCGUAUUCAAACCUGUGCUAUUGCUUUUAUCUUAAUAAAGUGUCUUGCUGCUUUA